CGAGGACCCGCUCGGCUCUGGGCGUUAGCAUCCUCGGCGCGUCGUCCCGCUCGCCUCGCUGCAGCUUGGCUUUUUUAUUUAUUUUCCUUUUUCUCUAGAUUUGGCAUUCUACAUUGAAGUCACCAUGGGCGUUUUCCAAACCCUGAUGAAAAAGAAGGAACUCAUUCCUUUGGCGGUGAUCAUGACUGUGGCAGCGGGUGGAGCCUCAUCGUUUGCUUUAUAUUCUCUGAAAAAAACCGACGUCAUUGUUGACCGGAAAAGAAAUCCAGAACCUUGGGAAACUGUGGAUCCUACUGUACCUCAAAAGCUUAUAACAAUCAACCAACAGUGGAAGCCUGUCGAAGAGUUGCAGAAGGUUCGAAGGGUGACCAGAUGACCAGUUCUUGCUUCUUUCUUCCAAAGAUUACUCUAUGAAUCUAGUGGAAACAUUUCUGCACAAACUAGAUUAUGGAACCAGUGUGCGGAAGUGCUUCUGCUACAUUUUUAGGGUUUGCCUACAUUCUUUGGACUCUGGAUAAGGAAUUAAAGGUAGUGCAGAAAUAACCACGUCAUCCAAAAAUAAGUUUCUGUGUUUAUUGUUGUAAAUUUGUAUUCUACAUGUUGAAAAUUUGCAGUGCCUGAAUAUUUCCUUGAAAUACAUAAAGAUUUGUAAAUUAGAUCGUUAUCUGUAAUAAAAUGCCAUUUG